AGGCGGCAGCGAGGGCGCGCGCGCAGCAGCCGCUUCACUUCUCCUCGGGCAGUGGGGGCAGGAGCGGCGGCGGCGCUGGGAGAAGGAGCAGCAGCGGCCGCUGCCGCCGCUCGGGCGAGCAGGGAAAGAAAGAGGAGGGCGAGAAGCGUCGGGGAGCGGGCUCAUGACUCAGUGAGCAGUAGCCGCCCCUUUAUAGCCCCACACCCGGCCGGAGUCGGGGCGACCGCACUGAAUUGUCCCGCAGCCUGUGCCCGGCACUAGCGAGAAGAGAAACCUGCGCUCUCCUACAGUGCAGCAUCUGCCAUGUCUACAGAAGGGCAGAGAGUUGAUGAUAGUCCAAGCACUAGCGGAGGCAGCUCUGAUGGAGAUCAGCGUGAAGGUGUUCAGCAGGAACAAGAAAGGGAGCAAGUUCAACCAAAGAAAAAAGAGGGCAAAAUAUCAAGCAAAACAGCUGCUAAACUGUCAACUAGUGCUAAAAGAAUUCAGAAAGAGCUUGCAGAAAUUACAUUAGACCCUCCUCCAAACUGUAGUGCUGGACCCAAAGGAGACAACAUUUAUGAAUGGAGAUCAACUAUACUGGGGCCUCCAGGGUCUGUUUAUGAAGGUGGUGUUUUCUUCCUGGACAUUACCUUUUCACCAGACUACCCCUUUAAACCACCUAAGGUAACGUUUCGGACAAGAAUCUACCACUGUAACAUUAACAGCCAAGGUGUCAUCUGCCUGGACAUUUUAAAAGACAACUGGAGUCCAGCAUUAACCAUUUCUAAAGUUCUCCUCUCCAUCUGCUCCCUCCUCACAGACUGCAACCCGGCUGACCCCCUGGUUGGAAGCAUUGCCACUCAGUAUAUGACUAACAGAGCAGAGCAUGACAGAAUGGCCAGACAGUGGACCAAGCGAUAUGCCACAUAGGAACCUACCCUAGGAUUUGCUGGACCUGUGCAAGCACAUUCACUAAGUGCAUCAAUAACCCUUCCCUUCAUUCUUAUUUUUUAUUAAAUUUUAAACCAUUUUGUGACAAAAGGUUGCCCUUACUUUCUUUGGGGGUUUUAUUUGUUUGUUUGGGGGUUUGGGUUGGGCUUUUGGUUUUGUUUUGUUUUUUUUUGUUCUGUUAACCUGAAAGUUGUUUCCCUCAAAUGUAGACAGGGAAUUUUGGUUACCAGUGCAAAGAAUGUUGGAUCUGUAAUAGUAUAGAGCUUUGUCACAAAGCUUUGUAUUAAUGUGUGUUGUUUUGGGUUUGGUUUUCUUUUUCUUUUGAUGUGUUUUCUGGGGAAAACAAACCAAUUCAGAAUUCUAUCUCGUUUCUACUUAAAUGUAGUGUUUAGGGUUAUUUUUUUGUACUGAAGUCUUUAAUGGUGGGUGCAUGCUACUGGGAACAAGUUUUGUAUAAAAGCUUCAAAUCAAGAAUCACUGUGCAUUACUAAAACUGUGUUUAUCACUGGCCUUCUGUCUACCACGCAAAAGGCUACUGCAUUGAACAAAUGAAUUAUGUAUUUUGAUUUACUUUAAAAAAAAAACAAACCAAAACAAAAAAAAAAAAAAAGUGCUUGUAAAUUUCUAAGGGACCUGCCACUUCUGACUGUGGAGCAGUUGAUGUACACUUGUAUUAUUAAAGCACUCAAUAAAACACUGUGGCUGAUCAA